AUGAUCUCACAGGCGGUCCAGGCGGCUCAACCCGGUGCUACAGCAGUCGCGGAUGGGUCUGAGGGUCUUCCAUUGCCCCCACUUCUGCCCUUGGAGACACUAGAAGAGAAAGGCGGAUGGCUGGAGGCGGCCGCCUGCAGACCCAGUCGGUCAUUCGCCGUCGUGGAGCGGACCUUCUGGAAGUUGACGAGGUCAACAGGAGGUGAACAACAGGUCAACAGGCUCUCUAGCCGAGCUUUCUCUUCCUGGACUGCAUCCAACCAGCCGGAAGCCAUCAAUCUGCUGCAGCUGCAGGCUCGUGGUGUCACCAGAACAGACUUCAACGACCGCCGUUCCGCGAAAGAGCAUGCUGAUCCCCGUCGCUGA